GCCACCUCUGCAUCACAGCCAUGUCCACCAUGAGGAUCGCUAGGGAGCUCCUUGUGCUCUGUGCAGUCAUCCAUUUCUGCAGCAGCUCUGAAGUUACCAGUCUGCCUGUAACAAAGGUGGACUGCAGCAUUUACAAGAAGUAUCCUGUAGUGGCCAUUCCCUGCCCCAUCACAUACCUGCCAGUUUGUGGUUCUGACUACAUCACCUACGGGAAUGAAUGUCACCUGUGUACUGAGACCUUGAAAAGCAAUGGAAAAGUUCAAUUUCUUCAUGAAGGAACAUGCUAAUUUCUCAAUGGAUGUGGGUAGAGAAAAAUGAUACA